AAAAAUACAUAAUAUCGGAGUAUUAUUCAUAUAUCACUCGAGCCAAUAACUAGUUUAUAAGGUUUUACAUCCGAAAAGGAUUCAUCAAUGUGUCAUUCUUUAGAGAUCUGACUUACCUAUACCAGUCUACCCUCACUCACUUUAGUCUGCUAGCUUGUUUUGUAUUGUAUCCUUAGAUGUUGGCGAAGUGCAUUAACAAUGGCAGCUUACAUCAAACUUUGAUCACUUUACUCGAUCACCCCACCAUUUCAUUUCCAUUACUCAGCCAAAUCCAUGCUUUAUUGAUUUCUUCUGGACUUUCAAAGCGCCACCCUUUUGCCUCCAAACUCUUCUCUUUCGUUGCAGAUUCUGGCAAUGCUGAUUACACUCACCGAUUACUGCUGCACAACCCCAGCAACUCUGUUGUGCAUUGGAACAGAGUUAUCAGGCUUUUCUGUAACACCCCAACUCCCUAUAAUUCCAUCAAUGUUUUUGUUGAAAUGCAGCGAUUUGGGGUUGUUCCUGAUUACUUCACUUUCCCUUCUUUAGCUAAGGCCUCGGCACGCCUCUGUUCGAUUGAACAUGGGGUGUCUUUGCAUUGUGUUGUGUUCAAGAGUGGGUAUGAAUUGGAUGUUUUUAUUCAGAAUUCUCUCAUUCAUAUGUAUGCUUCAUGUGGAGAGAUUUUGUAUGCACGUAAGGUGCUUGAUGAAAUGCCUCAAAGGACGACUGUAACAUGGAAUUCAAUGUUGGAUGGGUAUGCCAAGUGUGGGGAUUUGGAAAGGGCGAAAGAAGUGUUUGAGUUUGCUCCUGUUAAAGAUAUCGUGUCGUGGAGUUCUCUUAUUGAUGGGUAUGUUAAAGGGGGUGAGUAUGGAGAAGCUAUGAAGGUCUUUGAGAGGAUGAAAGUAGAGGGGGAUAUUAAGGCUAAUGAGGUGACUAUGGUGAGUGUUUUGGGUGCAUGCUCUCAUUUAGGUGCCCUCGAGCAGGGUAGAUCAAUGCAUCGUUACAUAAUCGAGAAUGAAUUGCCUUUAAAUCUUGUGUUGUUAACUUCUCUUGUGGAUAUGUAUGCCAAAUGUGGAGCAAUAGAGGAGGCCUUGGUUUUGUUUAGAGGGAUACCAAAGUAUAAGACUGAUGUUUUGCUAUGGAAUGCUAUCGUUGGAGGGCUUGCAAGCCAUGGCUAUGUGCAGGAGUCAUUAGAUUUAUUUGCAGAAAUGUUAAUGGUACAAGUUGUGCCUAAUGAAAUAACUUACUUGUGUCUCUUAUCUGCGUGUGCUCAUGGAGGAUUGGUGAAGGAAGCUUGGGAGUUUCUUGAUUCUCUCGAGAGAAGUGGCAUGAAACCCAAGUCCGAGCAUUAUGCUUGUAUGAUAGAUGUUUUGGCAAGGGCAGGUCAGGUGGUAGAGGCUUAUGAAUUUAUGAACAAAAUGCCUUUGGAACCAACCCCUGCCACAUUGGGUGCGCUCCUUAGUGGUUGUAUGAGCCACGGAAGGUUAGACCUUGCAGAACAACUAGGGAAGAAGCUUGUUGAAGUUGACCCUCACCAUGAUGGCAGAUAUGUGGGCUUGUCUAAUGUGUAUGCUGCGAUAAAACGUUGGGAUGAGGCAAAGAUGAUGAGGCAAACUAUGCACAUCACAGGGGUGAAGAAGUUUCCAGGCUUCAGUUAUGUGGAAAUUUCAGGGGCCCUUGAGAUGUUUAAGGCACAUGAUAGAUGGCAUCCAAAGUCGGCAGAAAUCAUUAUGAUGGUAAAUUUUAUUUUUAGGCAAAUGAAAAAGGUUUCAGAUUGUGAUGGAGGGAACAUGUUAUACUAGGUUGCUGAAGACCUGGGUUUAGAUGAAAGAGUGAAGGCAGUAUGGUGUUUAGAUGGUUUCCAAUGGUUUAAGCUAUAAUCUCCUUAUGAGCUUCAUAUUCCCUGCAUCCAGCCAUUCUGGAGGAGCUGCAUAAAAAUACUUCACACGGCCGACACGGGGAAAGAUUUUGAGGGUCACGGUUGAGUGGAGCCUUAGGCUGUUGAGCAGGACAUGUUUCUGUUUCUUCUUCGCCACCUUGGGUCGGUAAAAGCUUUAGACAUCGACUUGUACUUUUGAACAGACAAUAUGGAUGUCAGAUUGAGGAUAAAAGAAAAGGUUGCAGUUUUCUAGUACAAUCAACUGUCAGUAGCUAAAUGGAUGCUUUUCUCAUGAGUGCUGAAUCGAAGGUGCAUUCCUAAUUUUUAUCAUACUGGUAAGAGCUUUGAUUUCCGUUGGUUCUAGCAGGAAAAACAUGAAUGAGGUGACUCUUCUCUAUUUCACACCAGAUAACUGUUAAUGUUGCUAGAUAAUCUGCUUGAUUUUCUAUCUUACAUAAUCUUUCUUUGAUAAAGUGGUCACCUGUAAGAAACUUGUGCUUUUCUUGUUGAAUAAAAUCUUAAUAUCAAUUU